CACUUGCUAUCCUUGCCCAAAUCAACAUUUCCUUCACCCUGGGUGCCUGCCACGAGACUACAGCUGCAGAUAGCGAGAACAUAUAGAUACUGGGGUCAUCUCUUCACCAGCGCCCAAGAUCUCGCUCUCUUGGACCUGGUAUUACUUCACCACCUCGGUGUUAACUCCAGUCACAGUCAUAAACUUACAUCCUACAAGUUUCAUCGCGUAACACUCUUUUCCGCCCCAAGCAACCGGCACGGCCCAUACCACCGCACUCGUCCCUCUUCACCCGACCCUCACCGACCCUGCCUUUUGUCACGCUACCUAGGCUCCCUUUUCCACACCACCUCCUGCAAACCUGUUCGUCGCCGUCACACCUUACCGUCAUUUUCUGUCGACUGCCUGUCAGGUCAUUUUGCCUGCAAACGGGUCGAAUCAAGUGCUGCCGAUCAUCUUCACACAACGUCAAGACUACCAAACAACGGACUUUGGACGGCACGUCAAACAAACGCCAACCUCGAUCGAUCCGCUGAUCAUCAAACUUCCCGUCCUAGACUUCUGGACCUGCUUUCUCUCUCAACCACUUUCAAGACUGUCCCUCCAACCGCAUAUUCCUUCAGCUUGGUGGUUCGUGGAUAAACUGCGUCCCUGCAUCCACCGGCCUAUCACUCAGCACGGUUCACCAAGAAGCCUGAGUUCCAUAUAAGUUCCGGUUCCUCUGCCUGGCGCUCCCAGUCAACCUAGCAACAACACCAGGAGAGGUCUCCCAUCCCAAUAUACUUAUAACCUCGCAAUGAUGUCUCGUCGAUCCCUCGAAUCCCAAAGGCCAAUCAUGGCACCAAGUAUCAAUUCGUCCAAACGCACCUCGAAGCGAUACUCGACAUACUCUGCCUCCCCCUCCUUCGCCACCACCAAUACUGCCAACUCUCUGCCGUCUGCUGACACCGGUAUGGCUGAAAUCCGACAAUUGACACAAGGCCUGGACAGACUCGAGAACAAACACCUACAACAGCAACGAUUUGUGCCCAGCCAAAAGAAGACCGACGAUCUCUCCAAGCUGAGUCUGGGGGCCAAGGUCGAGAGAGCCCUUGGUCGACGGAUGACCGACCAAGAUGCUGUACUCCGCGUCAAGAGACCCAACCUCGUUUCAUCAAAAUCGGUUCCCAUCUCCUCUUUUAUGGAUGAGAAGACGCUCCUCAAAGCAUGAACAACAGCCUUCAGCAGCUUCGGCGGCCCUAAGCCUGGACGACUCCACAUGCCAGGCGAUUUCUCCAACACGCUAUGAUCGGACACAAGGUCUUGCACGGCUCUAGACAUGAGGGGUGGAUAUGCGUACUGAAGACAUGACGGGCCAUGAACAUUUGGGUAUAUUUGACACCUGGGUUUGAUUUGUUUUGACUGUCACUUGAGAUAUACCAUUUGCACAUAUUUUCUUUUUCGUUCUGCAUCCCAGCCCAUUCUGCUGCUGCACGGCACAACAUCAAGGGUGUGGAUGUUUUUGACUCGAGGUGUGGUGGGCUUGCCUGAUGGAGCAGCCCGAGGGAUUGAGGACUUGACGCAAGCAUGGACAUGAGCAUCAUUUAUGAAUUUCAUGCCUGGCUGUGGUUCUCGGAUCCCCAAACACAUGACCAUCAUCGAAAAGGCUUGGUUGGGGUGUGGGGAGGGAAGAAACUUCUCAAGGCGAGAGUUGGGAGGCCGAACAUGGUUGCAUCGUUGCAAAACCACGCCCUAGAAGUUCUCUGCUGUAUGUGUCAUGUCAUUCAGCUAGUGGUGGAUGAAUGAUCGGUGGGCAACUAGGCAGUUGUGAGAAUUAUGCCGUCUCCUCAUCCCCUGCUCAUUGUUAUUACCAGACAAAACCUCAACUAGGGCCACUCUGGUCAUCAUCAAUACCACUACCAUUACCGUUACCACUACAGUUUCCUUGUCGAUUGCACUGUUCCCAUGUCGAGUCUUAGGCCAGCAAAAGAACAAAUG